AAAGACGUCAUUUAAUAUGCUGAAAUUUUAUUUCGUUUUGUUGCUACAUAAUUACUUCAUAAAAGCUACCCGACCUCGUCUUGCAUCGUUAACUUAUGGUUUAACACUAGUUUCAAGUGAACUAGAUUUCAGAUGUUUGAAUAGUCUGAAUUCAAAAUUGAGGGUGAAAUUAUUCAUAGGGAAGAUGGCAUUGUUGCUUACACGAAUCCUAGCUUUAGUUUUACUGUGCUACCAGUUUACUAAUGCUGUUGGAGGUCUACCAAAGACACAACUUAUAAAAGCAAUGUCUGAAGAUUUGUUGAAAAAUUAUAGUAAACAUAUUGUCCCAUCCGAGACAGAGCCAUUUAAUGUGACCGUUCACGUAGAUCUCUUAUCACUUGGUGAAAUUGAUGAAUUAGAAGAAAAAUUGUCAUCAGUUUUCUGGAUGAAUUUUAAUUGGUUAGAUGAGAAUAUUAACUGGGAUAAGAAUCAGACCAACGCUUCUUAUAUAACUUUAAGCUACAAUGAAGUAUGGACGCCAAUCUUUCGAGUGGGUAAUCCCCAUGCCGAUGUCUCAAAAAGCCAGAGUGUGGACCGAUCAUAUGAUGUUGUCCUGUAUAACAGUGUUGGGAAGGCAUACUAUGAUGAAAUGAUGACAACACGGACAACAUGUGAUCUGGACAUGACCUACUUUCCUUUUGACGUCCAGUCGUGUUCUGUUAUGCUUACCUUGGUCGGAUUUAUACAAUUUUGGUUCAGGUUAGACGUCUCUAUGCAUGAAUCGUUUUCUGAAGAAGAUGCUAACCAUGGUUCCUGGCGAUUACUAAACACAAGUGUUACAACAAAGAAUGGUGGUUUAAAAAUCAAUCUGGUAUUUGAAAGGAAACCAUUGUUUCUGUUGAUCAACAUUUUAUUGCCCAUAAUCGUUUUAGCUACAUUAACACCAUUAGUAUUUGUCUUACCGAAGAAAUCCGGGGAGAGAGUGGGCUAUGCAAUAACAAUGUUACUUGCAAUUUCUGUCUACAUGACCAUUGUAAGUGACAAUCUGCCUAAAAAUUCUCAACCGAUGCCCCUCAUAUCAAUAAUGAUAUUUAUCUGGUACAUCUUGGAUGCAGUCAUCGUUUUUGGGGGCGCAUGCGCAAUGCGCCCCCAAUGUAAUAACGACAAAUUCAGAUUUACUAUGAUGUGAACACAAUUAGUCAGCUACCUACGCUAAGCAAAAUAGUUCCAAAACUUCGCAGUAACUCCAAAAUCAUAGUUCCCUAUCUAUUUUAAAAUUGACUGGCCAAUUUUGUACUAAAUUUAGCAAUCGUCUUUUAAAAUUGUAUGUAUAUUUUUGCUUUACGCGAUUUUAAUAUUACUACGCCAGCGGUCGAUCAUAGCCAAAGUACUUGCAUAAAUAUAGUACAAAUUACAUGUAGUCACAAGUUAAUUAAGUGUCAUAGAACUCAAAAAAUUAGCAAGUAAU